UGACGGGUGAUGACUUAAAAUUGCACUGCUGCAUUCCUGUAAACCAUUAUUUGCUUUAUAAAGAAUCCCCCAAAAAUCUCUAUCAAAUAUGGCCAUUCUUCUUCAUUUUUGCUUUCCUUUCUUCUUCCUCUUCAGCUUCUUCAAUUCCAUUCUUUUCAUCCACUCCCUAUUCUGACCCACCCAUCACUUUAUCCCCAUUGGCCAUUCUAACGUCAACCACCAUUAACACCACCAUUGUCAUCACCAUGCCAUUUUCUCAAAAUGGCAUAAAAGCUAUUCAAUACUAAGAUGUCCUUUACUAAGAUGGCCUUUCUAAAUUUAAGCGUAGGUUGAUGAGGAUGAAGUUUAUUGGAGAUCAGAAAAGGGAAGUGAAGAGUUGGAAUGGUCUUACAAUUCCACUCACGUAAUUUCGCAGCUAACUCAAUGUUUUACUAAUGCUAUGAUUGGACCACGAGCAUGGAUAGGAGGGUUCUUCAGUCGUGCAACCAAUAAACGCAAUGAGAAGCUUCUUGACUUCACUUUGACUCCUCUUCAGGAACAAAGACUCAAAAAGCUUCAAGACCGGUUGCAAGUACCAUUUGAUGAGACCCGUCCUGAUCAUAAAGACGCCCUUAGAUCAUUAUGGAAUGCAGCCUUUCCAGAUAUUGCUUUGACGGGCAUGAUCUCUGAGCAAUGGAAAGAAAUGGGGUGGCAAGGUCCUAAUCCAUCGACAGACUUUAGGGGAUGUGGUUAUAUUUCUCUUGAAAACUUGCUGUUUUUUGCUAGGACUUAUCCGGUAUCUUUUCGUAGGUUAUUGUUCAAGCAGGGCGGGAAGAGAGCAACUUGGGAAUAUCCAUUUGCUGUUGCUGGCAUAAAUGUUUCAUUUAUGUUAAUCCAGAUGUUGGAGUUACAUUCAGAAAAACCAAAAGGUCUUCCAGGAAUCAAUUUUAUUAAAUUACUGGGAGAAGAUGAUGCUGCCUUUGAUAUACUAUUCUGUUUAGCUUUCGAACUAAUGGAUGCGCAGUGGCUUGCUAUGCAUGCAUCUUAUAUGGAAUUUAAUGAGGUUUUAAAAGUGACAAGGACACAAUUGGAGAGGGAGCUGUCUUUAGAAGAUAUUCAUGGAGUUAAAGAUCUGCCAGCAUAUAAUCUGUUGUAUCAAUGAUAAAACACUGUGAAGAAGGUUUUCUCUUAGAUAGAAAUUAGUUUUCAAUGUUGAGGCUUAAAUGGAGAGGGCUCUUUUCUGAAGUUUCUUAUGUCAACUGCUCAUUUGUACAAACCAUUUUCGGUGAUCUCAUAGCUAAAGAUUUUCAACCAUGGAUUUUGACACUUUCCCA